AUGGGAAUUGAAGUAUUUUUUGCGAAAGAUGAAUUAAAGCAGAAAGCUUAUUGUUUAAUAUGCCACGAACAUCUCUCUGUUAUGAAGGAGUAUAACAUUCGACGUCAUUAUGAAACGAAUCAUGCUCCGAUAUAUUCCAAGUACACUGGAAAGCUACGUGAGGAUAAAGUUGAAUCACUGAAACGCACUUUACAAAUUCAACAAGGCCUUAUAAAAAAAAAUUUUGAAAAUAAUGAAAAUGUAACAAGAGCUGGAUACGAGAUAACGAAAAUUAUUUCACAACACGGGAAACCCUUUAGUGAUGGGAUGUAUAUCAAAAAUUGCAUUAUUGAAGCAGUUAAUUGUUUGUGCCCACUAAAUUCUUCCUUAUUUGAUGGAAUAAGUUUGUCGGCGAGUUCUGUAUCACGGAGAACUGAAGAGCUUGGAAAAAAUAUAUAUUUACAAAUUUGUGAAAAGACAAGUAAUAUGUUGUGGUAUUCUCUUGCAUUGGAUGAGUCAGUUGACAUUUCGGGAACAUCGCAACUUCUUAUUUUUAUUCGUGGAGUUGAUGAGAAUAUUUCCAUAACUGAAGAACUGGCAUCUGUUUGUUCUAUUCAUGGAACAACCACUGGAAAAGAUAUUUUUGAUGAAUUGGAACAAACUAUAAGUGACUAUAACCUUGAAUGGGAGAAACUGAGUUGUGUUACGAUUGACGGGGCAAAGAAUAUGGCUGGUUCUAAAAAGGUCUAG